ACCAUGCGUAACAGCCUCCUUUUUAAAACUACUCCCGUAUCAUAUAUUUGGGCCUUUCUCCAUCAUCCCUGCUAGAACCCUAUCUAUCUUCCCCAUAUCAAGAAACUUAAUUACAGUUCACUGAACUCCAACUUCUUCCGGUAUUCAUGGAGACCACGGCGUCCUUCUCCGGCGUCCACAUCCACCUUCCCUCAUCCACCCGCAUCGAUAGAGCUUCAUCAUUUGCUAAACCAUCUGUCUCCUUCACUUCCUUUUCUAAACCUACACGAACUACCCUACGCUCGUCCAAACUGACCACCUGGAGUAAUAAUGUGUUGUUGCGCACUCGAACCGCUGAUAGGUUUGGUGGAACCACCUCUCCUUCAUUUGUUGUUCGUUGUGAUUCCUCUUCCAAUGGAAGGAUUAGUCAGCAAGAGUUCACAGAGAUGGCAUGGCAAGCAAUAGUGUCUUCACCCGAAAUUGCAAAGGAGAACAAGCAUCAGAUUGUGGAGACUGAGCAUUUGAUGAAAGCGUUGCUGGAACAGAAAAACGGGCUUGCUCGCCGGAUAUUCUCCAAGGCUGGUGUGGAUAAUACCCGCCUUCUAGAAGCCACCGAUAAAUACAUUCAACGCCAAGGAAAGGUUAGCGGUGAGUCAGCUGGAUCGAUGUUAGGACGAGAUUUGGAAAGCUUGAUGCAGAGAGCUAGGGAUUACAAGAAAGAGUAUGGUGAUUCGUUCGUGUCCGUUGAGCAUUUGGUGCUUGGUUUCGUGCAAGAUAACCGAUUUGGGAAACACUUGUUAAAGGAUUUCAAAAUUUCAUUGAAAACCUUAAAGAACGCAAUUGAAUCCAUUAGAGGAAAGCAAACGGUAAUAGACCAAGAUCCCGAGGGGAAGUAUGAAUCGUUAGAGAAAUACGGUAAAGAUUUGACCGCGAUGGCUAGGGAAGGGAAGCUUGACCCCGUCAUCGGGCGAGAUGAUGAAAUACGACGGUGCAUCCAGAUUCUCUCAAGGAGAACGAAGAACAACCCUGUGCUCAUCGGUGAACCAGGUGUCGGAAAGACUGCAAUUUCUGAAGGGCUUGCUCAGAGAAUAGUGCAAGGUGAUGUGCCUCAAGCUCUAAUGAACCGAAAGCUGAUAUCACUUGACAUGGGUGCCCUUAUUGCUGGAGCUAAAUAUCGUGGAGAAUUCGAAGAUCGACUCAAGGCAGUAUUAAAGGAGGUUACGGAAUCAGAUGGGCAGAUAAUACUUUUCAUUGAUGAAAUCCAUACUGUGGUUGGGGCAGGGGCCACCAAUGGCGCAAUGGACGCUGGGAAUCUCUUGAAACCGAUGCUUGGUCGUGGAGAAUUGCGAUGCAUCGGUGCAACAACGUUGGACGAGUAUCGUAAAUACAUCGAGAAAGAUCCUGCUUUGGAACGCCGUUUUCAACAGGUUUAUGUUGACCAACCGACAGUUGAAGAUACAGUUUCCAUACUUCGUGGAUUGCGCGAAAGAUAUGAAUUGCAUCAUGGUGUACGUAUUUCAGAUAGUGCACUUGUUGAAGCUGCAGUUCUCUCAGAUCGCUACAUAAGCGGACGCUUUUUACCAGAUAAAGCCAUUGAUCUGGUAGAUGAAGCGGCUGCUAAACUGAAAAUGGAGAUCACUUCAAAACCGACUGCACUUGAUGAGAUUAAUCGUGCGGUACUGAAACUGGAGAUGGAGAGACUAUCACUUACUAGCGAUACCGAUAAAGCUUCAAAGGAUAGGUUGAAUCGGCUGGAAGCUGAGCUGGCACUGUUGAAGGAGAGACAAGCCGAGUUAAAUCAACAAUGGGAGCAUGAAAAGAGUGUUAUGACAAAUCUGCAAUCUAUUAAAGAAGAAAUUGAUCGGGUUAAUCUGGAGAUACAACAAGCAGAGCGUGAGUAUGAUCUGAACCGUGCGGCUGAGCUGAAAUACGGGACUCUAAAUUCUUUGUUACGUCAACUUGAAACUGCUGAAAAGGAUUUGGUCGAGUAUAUGAGCUCGGGGAAGUCGAUGCUUCGUGAAGAAGUGACAGGCGAUGACAUCGCGGAGAUCGUGAGCAAAUGGACUGGAAUUCCGCUUUCAAAAUUGAAACAAUCCGAGAGGGAGAAACUGUUAUUUUUGGAGCAAGAGUUGCAUAAACGGGUGGUGGGUCAGGAUCCUGCGGUGACAGCUGUAGCUGAAGCGAUCCAACGGUCCAGAGCUGGCUUAUCUGAUCCUCACCGUCCAAUAGCUAGUUUCAUGUUCAUGGGACCCACAGGAGUCGGGAAAACCGAGCUAGCAAAAGCACUUGCGUCGUACUUGUUCAACACCGAGGAUGCUCUUGUAAGAAUUGACAUGAGUGAAUACAUGGAAAAGCACGCUGUUUCUAGAUUGAUAGGGGCCCCACCUGGAUAUGUCGGGUAUGAGGAAGGAGGGCAGUUGACUGAGACCGUACGCAGGAGACCAUAUGCGGUUAUCUUGUUUGAUGAAAUCGAAAAGGCUCAUGCUGACGUGUUCAAUGUGUUCCUUCAGAUUUUGGAUGAUGGUAGGGUGACCGACUCACAAGGUCGCACAGUCAGCUUCACCAACACCGUUAUCAUUAUGACUUCAAACGUAGGUUCACAGUACAUACUAGACACUGAUUACGACUCCAUGCCAAAAGAACGUGCUUACGAGACCAUAAAACAUAGAGUAAUGGAUGCAGCAAGGUCAAUCUUUCGACCCGAGUUUAUGAACCGGGUCGACGAGUACAUAGUAUUCCAGCCUCUUGACCGCUCACAAAUCAACAGCAUCGUCCAAUUACAGUUGGAACGGGUACAGAAGAGGAUAGCGGACCGGAAGCUUAAGAUUGUGGUAAGUGAAGCUGCGGUUGAUCAUCUAGGGAAUCUCGGGUAUGAUCCAAACUACGGUGCUAGACCUGUGAAACGGGUGAUUCAGCAAUACGUUGAAAACGAGCUUGCAAAGGGUAUUUUGAGAGGAGACUUUAAAGAUGAAGACACUAUUUCCGUAGACACAGAAGUCACGGCUUUUUCCAAUGGUCAACUUCCUCAACAAAAGCUAGUCUUCAAACGAGUUGGUGACGCAUCCAAGGGUCAAGAAGCCCUUUCGCAAACUUUCUAGACUAUGAACCCAACCCACAUGUAGAUGAUGCAUAGAACUAUAAUUUGCACCGUUAGCAACAUAGCAUGUUCCUAUGAUGCGGUGAGUCUUUUUGCCACUUUUGGAAAUCAAAUAUAUUUUUUAUUAUUGACAUUUACCAUCGUUUAUCUAUCGUUACAAAUUAUCAACAAAUAAAGUUUUAAGUUGAUGUUGA